CAGUGAACACGGUAAGUAUUUGGUGGUGGACUUACAAAGCAUCAUGGGAUAACAUUGUUCUUUCUAAAUUUUCUUUCAGAAAACGUGUUUGGUGCUUGUGUAAAGAACGUUUUUGACGAUGCAAAACGAAGCCGGAGAACUUGUCGAUACAUACAUUCCUAGGAAAUGUUCUGUUACGAACCGAAUAAUCUCCGCCAAGGACCAUGCAUCCGUCCAGAUUAACGUUGGAGAGCUUGAUGAAAAUGGAAGGUACACAAACAACUUCAAGACAUACGCGUUCAGUGGAUUCCUGAGAAAUACUGGUGACUCUGAUGAAGCAUUAGUAAAACUUUGUUCGAAGGAUGGUAUCGUAUCAACAACGUACACUGAAUGAAAGGUGAAGAUAUCUUAAGAUAACAUGAAAAUAAAUUCUUGUUUUGUUGAAAAA